UCCGCUCUGCUGGAUGCGCGCGGUGGAUGGUCUGAAACGUAGAGUUCGGCUUUUCCUGGGCUUUUGCGGCUUCCGAGCCCAGCAUGGCUUCCACACGAACUUCCUCCACGCAGGCAACCAAAACUAAGGCACCGGAUGACUUGGGGGCUGCCGUUGUGAAGAAACCACACAUCUACUAUGGAAGCUUGGAAGAAAAGGAGAGGGAGCGUCUGGCCAAAGGAGAGUCUGGGAUUUUGGGAAAAGAAGGACUUAAAGCAGGAAUUGAAGCAGGGAAUAUUAACAUAACCUCUGGGGAAGUGUUUGAAAUUGAAGAGCACAUCAGUGAGCGACAGGCUGAAGUAUUGGCCGAGUUCGAGAGAAGGAAGCGAGCCCGGCAAAUCAAUGUUUCCACAGACGACUCGGAGGUCAAGGCUUGCCUGAGAGCCUUGGGGGAGCCCAUCACACUUUUUGGAGAGGGUCCUGCUGAAAGAAGAGAAAGGUUAAGAAAUAUCCUCUCAGUGGUCGGCACUGAUGCCUUAAAAAAGACGAAGAAAGAUGAUGAGAAAUCUAAGAAGUCCAAAGAAGAGUAUCACCAGACCUGGUACCAUGAAGGGCCAAACAGCCUGAAGGUGGCUAGACUGUGGAUUGCUAAUUACUCACUGCCCAGGGCAAUGAAACGCUUGGAGGAGGCCCGUCUGCAUAAAGAGAUUCCUGAGACAACCAGGACCUCCCAGAUGCAGGAGCUGCACAAAUCUCUCCGGUCUCUGAAUAAUUUCUGCAGUCAGAUUGGCGAUGAUCGGCCUAUCUCCUACUGUCACUUUAGUCCCAAUUCCAAAAUGCUGGCCACGGCCUGUUGGAGUGGGCUUUGCAAGCUCUGGUCCGUUCCUGAUUGCAACCUCCUUCACACUCUGCGAGGCCAUAACACAAAUGUAGGAGCAAUUGUAUUCCAUCCAAAAUCCACUGUCUCCUUGGACCAAAAAGAUGUCAAUCUGGCUUCUUGUGCUGCUGAUGGUUCCGUGAAACUUUGGAGCCUCGACAGUGAUGAACCAGUGGCAGAUAUUGAGGGCCAUACAGUGCGUGUGGCCCGUGUAAUGUGGCAUCCAUCAGGACGUUUCUUGGGUACCACCUGCUAUGACCGCUCGUGGCGCCUGUGGGAUUUGGAGGCGCAAGAGGAGAUCCUGCACCAGGAGGGCCACAGCAUGGGUGUGUACGACAUCACCUUCCAUCAAGAUGGCUCUUUGGCUGGCACUGGGGGCCUGGAUGCAUUUGGUCGCGUUUGGGACCUGCGCACAGGACGUUGCAUCAUGUUCCUAGAGGGGCACCUGAAGGAAAUCUACGGGAUAAAUUUCUCCCCCAAUGGGUACCACAUUGCUACUGGCAGCGGUGACAACACCUGCAAAGUGUGGGACCUUCGACAGCGGCGUUGCAUCUACACCAUCCCUGCCCACCAUAACUUAGUGACUGGUGUCAAGUUCGAACCUAUCCAUGGGAAUUUCUUGCUCACUGGUGCCUAUGAUAACACAGCCAAGAUCUGGACCCACCCAGGCUGGUCCCCGUUGAAGACUCUGGCUGGCCACGAAGGCAAAGUGAUGGGCCUCGACAUCUCUUCUGACGGGCAGCUGAUAGCCACUUGCUCAUAUGACAGGACCUUCAAGCUCUGGAUGGCGGAGUAGGCACGGGCAUAGAAAAAGGACUCCAGCCUCAGGCUCUCCCUUAAGAGCCAUUUUCAAAAGAGAGAAUUGGUGUGUUUUGUUUUAUCAUGUCUGUUGUCAGUGACCACGCAUAGACCCUCAGUAGCCUGGAUGCCCGUGUCAUCCCGACUCCAGGCCGGCAGCCCAGUUCCUGGAUCUCCGUGAACCCCGUUUCGUGGUUGAAUUGGGAUUUCAUCUUCAAGCCCUGCCAGUAACGAGACAAUUGUCUUUAUUAAUCUUUUGUUUGACUGCCCUGUUGCCGUCCUCACAUCUCUCAGGAUUGUGGCUGGGCUCCAUUUUUAGUUCUUGAAACUUGGCUUUCCAUUACAUGGUGCAUGCUCCAGGACUGCACGUGACCCCGGGAGCCAGGUGGCUGGACCACAGUCGGGAAGCCCUCGAGCAGAGAGGCACGUCUCCCCGCGCACUGGUUGAAUACUGCCCGGCAGAGCGAGAGCCUUCCCUCUGCCCUGAGAGCGGGAAGUGAAGAGGGGCACGGGUGCAGCCGUGCUCCGGUUACGCGGUGAAGAUUUACCUCUUCCCGUCGGCUUCACAGGGAACGCCGCGUGCAUCGGAGAGCAUCGGGGAGCUCAGAACUGAACAUUUGCCUUGUCAGAAAAUGAAUUC